UGGACGGCGAGCCGCCCGCGGGCACCGGCACAGGACUGAUGUAAGAUAUUGGGAUAUUGAACAGCAGCCUUUGCGGGGGAAAAAAAAAUGUCCUACUGUACCAAAGAGAGAGCUUGCUCAGAUUUGGCAAAGCCUCCAGUAAAUGAAUCAAGGGAAGCGGAACAGUUUCUAAUGCAGGCGCCCCAGGGAAAUCCACUGCUGCUUUCCCACACCCUCCAAGAGCUGUUGAGCAAGGACAGUGUGCAGGUGGAGCUUAUACCUGAGAAGAAGGGCCUUUUUCUGAAACAUGUGGAAUACGAGGUUUCCAGCAAGAGAUUCAAGUGCUCAGUCUACAGACGAUACAAUGACUUUGUGGUGUUCCACGAGAUGCUGCUUCAGAAGUUCCCCUAUCGCAUGGUGCCAGCCCUUCCACCAAAGAGGAUGCUGGGAGCUGAUCGAGAAUUCAUAGAAUCGAGGAGGAGAGCGCUGAAGCGUUUUAUAAACCUGGUGGCUCGACAUCCCCCUUUCUCAGAAGAUGUGCUCUUGAAACUCUUUCUCUCGUUCAGCGGCUCCGAUGUACAGAAUAAGCUAAGAGAGUUGGUCCAGGGAGUAGGAGAUGAAUUCAUGACCUGCAGAUUAGCUACCCAGGCCAAGGACUUCCUCCCAGCCGACAUACAGGCCCAGUUUGCUGCCAGCAGGGAGCUCAUCAGAAAUAUUUAUAAUAGCUUUUAUAAGCUUCGGGACCGUGCGGAGAGGAUAGCUUCCCGAGCCAUCGAUAACGCCUCGGAUCUCCUCAUCUUUGGGAAGGAGCUCAGUGCUUUGGGCUCAGACACUACACCGCUUCCUUCCUGGGCUGCUCUGAAUAAUAGCACAUGGGGGACUCUGAAACAAGCCUUGAAGGGUCUCUCAGUGGAGUUUGCGCUGCUGGCGGAUAAGGCUGUGCAGCAGGGUAAACAGGAAGAGAAUGAUGUGGUGGAGAAGCUGAACCUUUUCCUGGAUUUACUCCAGUCCUAUAAAGACCUGUGUGAAAGACACGAGAAGGGGGUAUUGCACAAGCACCAGCGAGCCUUGCACAAGUACAGCAUGAUGAAGAAGCAGAUGAUGAGCGCCACCGUGCAGAACAAGGAACCGGAGUCGGUGGAGCAGUUGGAGUCCCGAAUUGUGGAGCAAGAAAACGCAAUCCUCACCAUGGAGCUGCGGAACUACUUCUCUCUCUACUGCCUGCAUCAGGAGACACAGCUGAUCCACAUCUACCUGCCUCUCACCUCUCACAUCCUGGGGGCCUUUGUCAACUCCCAGAUCCAGGGUCACAAAGAGAUGAGCAAAGUUUGGAAUGAGUUGAAGCCGAAGCUGAGCUGCCUCUUUGUGGGAUCUACCAAUAUGCCAACUCCACCAUUGUCGCCUCCAGAGGGAAACUUCUUCUCCAAUUAAUGAAUGCUCUGAGCAUCUGGCGUGGAGCAAGAAGUGCAAUCAACCAAGGGGUGGGACCUCUACCUCCAGAUGUUAGAAUGAACCCUCCAAACAGCUAUUAUUUUUUUUUUUUUAAUUUUUUUUUUUUAAUACUGCUGCUUUGAGCUGCUCUCUUGAUUUAGACAGACUGGAUGUGGGGCAGAACAUACGGAUAUAAAGACAAAUCUCUUAAUUUGGACAUGACAUGCUCCGGGGCAGAGCUGCUGCUGGUUGUGCUGCAGUCCCUCUCUGCAGGGUCAGGAUGGGACCUGGUGCUGUUGCUGAGGCCUCUGCAUCUCCUGCUGAGGGUUCAUCUGAUGGGUCUGGACACCCCUCUGAGCGCUGGGGUGAAUGGGGGUGUCCGAAACACUUGUCCUAGAGAUGGAUUGAAUUCUAAGCGUGGAGGGGAACAUGCAUUAGGGGUGUGAGGAAAGCUGGAAGCCAUCCCCCACCCCAUUGAUAGGUGUCUGGGUUUGGUUUCUUACUGCUAGACCCUAGAGCAGCCAACAUGAACAGAGGGGCUGGAUUCCCUGACCCGGCUGGGGGUCAGUGCUGCUCCUCACACUGAUUUUUUUUUCCUCACGAGGCAGAUGAUUGUGGGGGUGUUUCAGGCUGUGGGGCAGCCUGAGGGACUGGUGUAUUUCGGUUUGGGCCAAAGAUGACUGGGUUCAGGAAGUCGGAAGAGGUUCCUCAUUUAUAUGAGGAAAUUAAUUGAAUAAAACACUCCUUAAUCCUAAACCACUCGCACUAUAGGAGCAGCUGGGAGGUUGCUGGCUUAUUUUCUUCUGGAGGUUCUGACACCCCCCUGCGAGUAGCUGUCGAGGACUGUUGGGGCCCCAAGGCUGGUGUUUGCUUUGCUCUAGUGUCAGAUGAAGUAUCCUGUUCCACCAGCAGGCUGGGACACAAUCCUGCUAAAAUUCCUUAGCAAAAAAAAAAAAAAAAA